AUGGAUCAUAUCAAGAAAGAACAAGAGGAGGAUCCAGAGCUUCUAUUGUAUGACCUAUCAGUUAUAGCUUUUUGCAUUGAUAACUUUUUAGACAAAAAUAAGCUUGGAGAAGGUGGUUUUGGAUCUGUGUUUAAGGGUACAUUGGAAAAUGGACAAAGAAUAGUAGUUAAGAGGCUCUCAAUCGGUUCUGGACAAGGGAUCAAAGAAUUUAAGAAUGAAAUUGCAUUAAUUAAUGAAGAGAAAUUACUUAUAUAUGAAUAUAUGCCUAAUAAAAGCCUGGAUGUUGUUAUAUUUGGUACAAAAUCUAGAAUUUAG